CGGACGCGUUCGGUCGACGACCACGACCACGAUCACGAUUACGACCACGACCACGGUGACCGCGUUCAUUCGUCUGUUUUCAAAUAGAAUCUAUAAUACAACAAUCAUAUUGUUCUAUCAUACGCGACAGUUAUAGAUCGAGCUUCGGUUUCGUUUUCGCCGUCGACAUUUCCUAGACAUUUUUUCUCCGUCGGGUUUUCCGGCCAAAAUUCUUCAGCUGAAGCCCAAUAGGAUCUGCCGUAUAGAUUUCUAGCGUCAGUCGCGUACAACCAUCGUCGUCGUGAUGCGUUAUCGUGAUCCGUUGGCGCGUCGAUCGGAAAUCGGAAUUCACCGGAAAGACGCCGCCGUAAAUCGAAAUAUUUUGAUUUAAAGUCGAUCAUAAUUAUAACGUAAUUCGUCUUAUCAGUUAUCCACCAUUCAUAAUUUUGUGAGAUCCACGAUCAAAGCAGUGAACUAAGUAGUUAUUUAAAUAGUGAACAGCAAACAAAAAAAUGGCCAACUCUACAUCGGUGACCAAGUGCACUGAUUUUUCCGUGUCCAGCCUCUGCCGAGACAUGAAAACUUCACCUCCUGAUCCAGCAAUAGUGGUCGGUGGAACUGGGACUAAUAUGAAAUUGACACUGCCUCUUGCAGCUUGCGCUCCAUUUUCAUCCAAUAUCAAUGGACCAACUGCCAUCACGACCCCAGUCGCCGGCAGACCUCCGCAGUCCACGUCGCCGUCGCCGUCGCCGUCUCCGGCCACGCUGCGUGAACUGUAUGCCAUGGCGGCCAGCCAACAGCACCAGCAGCACUCGCGACUGCUCGAGUUGUCCAACAGAUAUCGAGGGUAUCCAGAAAUCGCCCACCACGUGUUCAACCAACAAGGAGCAGUCACCAAGUUGCUAGGAACCCUUAGACCUCCUGGACUGAUUGGUGGAAGCAAACCCAAGGUGGCCACCCCAGCAGUCGUAUCGAAAAUUGAAUUCUACAAACGAGAAAAUCCAACGAUAUUCGCCUGGGAAAUUCGUGAAAAGCUCAUAUCUGAAGGAGUUUGCACGAACGGGACGGCGCCGUCGGUGAGCAGCAUCAACCGGAUACUGCGGAACAGGGCGGCUGAAAGGGCCGCGGCCGAGUUCGCCCGGGCUGCCGGGUACGGGCUGUACCAGGUGUCGCACCCAUACGCGUCUUUCCCGUGGCCGCCACACCCACAUGGCAUGUGGCCGGGCGUGGCCGCGGACGGUCCAUCCGCUGUGGCCACGGCCGUGUCGUCGUCGGGCGGACUGCCGAUGCACCACGGACCGUCCGGGGCGUCCAACAAGAACACUCCACUGCAUCAGAUGAUCAAUGCCCAUCAACCUUGCGGCGUCAUGUCGUCCAGAGAUCUCAUGCCCAGACUAUUAGGUGACGGAUCCGGAGGCGUCGACGGUUGCAAAGACGACAUGGAAAGCGUGGGCAGCGGCAGCGGUUCCGAGCAACCAAAGUUCAGACGUAACCGGACCACGUUCAGCCCGGACCAACUCGACGAACUGGAAAAGGAGUUCGACAAGAGUCACUACCCGUGCGUGAGCACUCGCGAACGGCUGGCUGCCAAGACCAGUCUGUCCGAAGCCAGGGUCCAAGUAUGGUUCUCGAACCGAAGGGCCAAGUGGCGGCGGCACCAGCGCAUGAACAAAUCGCGUCGGUCGGGCGUGGCGGCCGCGUCGACCGUGUCGGGCGGCAGCAGCGGUUCGGCGGCGGGUACGCCCACGCCGCCGGUCGUGUCGCCCGUCGCGGGAGCGAUCGGCGGCCCGGUCGGUGGACCCGACGGCGUCGGCGGUCCGCCCUGUCCGGCUGCUGUGGCCAGGUGUCUGGGCGGCGGCGAGAACAGCGCGUUCCGAUCGCUGAUGCCGCAACAGCACUUGCACCGACAGCUCGUCCAGCAGAGUUACGCCGCGUCCGAAUCGUCCGAAGAGAUAAACGUGACGACGGACGACGAAGACGACGACGGCGUCGGUGGCGGUGGCGUCAUGGACGAGCCGAUGGACGACGGAGAUGGUUCCAAUAAUUCGUCUUCGUACAACAACAACAGCAAUAACGACAACGACAACAACAACAAUGACGGCAGCGGCGGCGGCGAUGGCGACGUCGAUGAUGACGACAACGACGACGGAAAGACAUCGGCGGCGGUCGCUCUGACGUCCCCGACACCUCACCAUCUGCACCACAAUCAUCAUCACCAUCAUCAUAACAAUCACCCUUCGCGUCCACGAUUCGGCGCCGACCGACCGCCGUACUUUGGUCACGUCAUGCACCCGGGAGACCAGAAACGAACGGUCGACAACCCGAACAACAAUCACCACCACUCGCACCACCAUCUCCAACACCCCCACAACAAUAACAACAACAACAACAACAACCACCACAGUAACAACAACAACAACAACAGCAUUCAGCAGCACCACAACAGCGUGCUGUCCACGAUCGCUUCUUGGCGCGAAAUGGCCGCCUUCACCGCCCUUCACCACCGAGCCCUCGAACAGGGCGCGGCCAAAGCGGCUGCGGCUGCGGCGGCGGCGGCGGCUGCGCAACCGUUGCAGUUGACCAAGUACGACAAGGACAGGGCGUAGGCUGGGCGGCGCAGAUGUUACGCAUGUACAACAAGCCGCACGUCGUGUACAGGGUGACGCAAAAGUUAAAAAUUAAAAUGUGUCGAUAAAAUGUGUGUGUCAAGAUGAUGGGUGCAAAAUAUAUGGGAAAAAAAAGAAAAUAUCGCUCGUACCAUGCUAGUAUUCGGGCCGCAUCGAACAUUAUUAAUUGUAACACACACUGUAUAUAGAGUAAACUAGAAUUUAUCGUUUUGAAAAUGUUUUUGGGUUCCUGCUGCUGUAGAGGUAUGUUCAUUAUUUAAUAAUAAACAGAUACGAAUUUUCCCGAAUCGGACGGAGACUUUUGAAUCGCUCUGUAUUCUGUACACUUAACGACAGUAUAUAAUAAUAUUAAAGCGCAGUAGAUAUUUUAAGAAAAUAAUAUUAAUAUCACCUAGCGUGGUGCGUUUUGCACUGGUAGAAACUUAUUAAAGUUCAUCGGACAAAAGGCCGUUUCCAUAAAAUUGAUUUGUAAUUUUUUUUUUUUUUUUGAGCGGUGGGGAAUGUACUCGGACAUAUUAUAAUCAACGAGCCAUAAACUAAAAUAUCGUUUUUACAAACGCGUAAUUAAUAUGAUGCUUUGCAAGUUUUUUUUGAAUUGGACGAGCUUCAGGGGUUCCACAGGUGCUACAUUUCACCCGCAAUCGUCGCAUUGCCUAGUCCGACUAGGGCCGACUGUGCUCGAAGCUUUUUAGAUUUUUCAACGAGAACGGGCACCAUAUCGUUUUUGGCACAUUACAUUAUAAUAUUAUUCAUAUUACACUCCAAAAUCGGGAAAAAUAUUUUAGGGACCCCCCCCCCCGCAUCGCACUGCUGCUGUUGAUAUCUUUGUCAGCUUUAUUUUAUUCCUCUUUACAUUUUUUUAUUAUAAUUUAUUGUUUUCGUAUAUCAUGCGUGUGUGUUGUACACAGAUUUCUUAACGUGCAUUAAUCGUGAUUAAACUGUAUGAUAUUGUUGGGCGUGAGACGCGUGUAAGUAGUUAAUUUAAAUCAAUGAUUAUAAUAUUGUUUUAUGUGUUUUUAAUUCAUUUCGGUCGGUUUAACGAUCGGUGUGAUCAUAAUAGUAUAUGUUUGUAAAUAACGUGUGUAUAUAUAUAUAUGUGUAUUACUGCGACGUAUAAUAAUAGUUUAUGGUGU